AUGGGCGGGUCUUCCUCGGUGGAAAGUCUACUACACCAAACGGAUCUGCCAUACAGUGCACAAAUUAUGGCUGUGUUGCUCCCGCCAAAAUUUAAAGUUCCCCAAAUAGACAUGUACGAUAGGUCCAAGGACCCGGUAGAUCAUUUGGAAAACUUUAAAGCUCAAACCACGUUCCACGGUUUCCAAGGGGAAAUUGCGUGCCAGGCUUUCCCUUUAACCCUAAAAUGGACGAUUACGGGUUGGUUUGGGACCCUCAAACCGAAGUCAAUAGACAACUUUGAAGAACUAGCAAAGCAGUUCUUGACCCAGUUCAUGCCUAGCAGAAGACAACGAUGCCCAGCCGCCUACGUGUUAACGGUUAAGCAAAAGGAGGAUGAGAAUUUAAAGACCCACUUGGCCCUUUUCAACAAAGAACGCUUAACAACGAAUGAACAAGAUGAGAAGAUCACUCUGGCUGCCCUUUUAGAAGGGGUAUGGCUGUGCAGUCCUUUUAUGGAAGAAUUGGCCCGGAGGACUUCUUCUACUCUCAGGGAGUUCAUGGACAAAGCGGAUGAUUUUGUCAGUGUAGAAGAUACUCUACAAGCUUUGUUGGACCCUUGUAAAGAAGAUACCAAAUUUGAGCAGAAGAACAAGCAGGCUGAUAAGAAGGGUAAGCCAAGUAGACGAGAAAGAGCGAGGGAAGGGCGGUCAGAUCGCAACCUCAGAUUGGUACACAAUAAUCUGAGCGUACAGGAAGAAGAGAGAGAAAGGGAAACCCGACAUCCUAUCAAAAUGGGCAGUCGGUACUGCAAGUAUCAUCAAAGAGGCUCGCACUAG